AUGGUAACCUUCCUGUCUACUGGCUUGGAUCCAAGAUUUUGGAUCACAAGCUCAGGGAUGGAGAUGUUGCACUAUCUUCUAUGGUGCAAUACUCUUCAUUUCCCCCUUCUCCUUAUUCGAUGGUUAAGACAAGAGAAUUCUCCCAAGUCUAACCCAGCCACCACAACCAUUUCUUCUAAACGCCCAUCUCAACCAACUCUUAGUUCUCCUUCAAGGACCAAGAAGGCCAAAAAGGGGACUACCAUAUCUUUGGCUGUGACCUCUCAAAAGGUCCCAGCUAUUGAAAAUGGCCUUACCCCCAAGGCAAUUUCAGUUAGCCAUCCAAGUUCUUCAGUGAUUCCUGAUAUCACUGUCAUAUCAGUGGCAUCUCUCCCAACCGCCUUAGUGUCCCAAAUCAUUGAAGUCCUCCCUGAUGAUGAGACACUCAACACUGGACCUAAGGUAGCUCAUCUCGAAGAUCCUCAACAUACUGGUGCUUAUCCUCAUGAGUGCACCAUGGAGCAAACCAGCGUUAAUCCUUCAGAUAACACUGAGGACCUCUUAGGUCCAUCUGAGGCCCAGGCCAAGAACGAAAAGAAGUACGAUAUGGGGAAGAAAAGGUCUGAUGCUGGACCAUAUUUUGCUGCUCCUACUGAACCUGUUGCUUCAGCAACCCAUGAAGCUGAAACUGAAGAUCCCAGAGCUAAAGCUGAUGGUGAGGUUUUCUGUGAUAUCCCAACCUCCAGUGAAGCUCCUAUAGUUGAGGAAGUUGAUGCCAUUCAAGCUGAAGCUCAUGAAGAUGAAGACAAUGAUGAUGAGGAAGGUGAUUCUUCUGACCUCCCUAACUCCGUAAGCGGCUUGGAUGAUGACGAUGAUGAUGACGACGAAGAAGACUUCAUCAUCCAGUACCAGCAUCCCCCCACUGCCACUAAAGGAGUUGCCCUCAGGGAUUCCGCAUCCCAGGGGGAGCAAAGGGGAGAAGAGGCCGCACCAGAAGCGAACUAG